CCUAUAGGUUCGGCGCAAAGGUAAAAAGGGGGUGCAGAGGGUAGGGGAUACGAAGCUUUAUAAACAUCCACAUUGCUCUCUCUGCCUUGCUGCCUGUUUCAAUCCUUUCACUCAAGUGUUUUUAAGGUUUUUCAAACAGAGCACCCAAAAUGCCAAGCAAGAGGAAGAAGAACAAGCGUCGCAUGAGGAGGGUGCAAUCCCAGAGGAGAGCACUUGAGGAGCAGCAUGCAGGCAAUCCACCAAUCAAAUCCAGCUCAGGGAUUGCCAUUAGUGCGCCCCCUAUACCGACUCCCAUAAAAGCGGGUAAAACUGCACCACCCACUUGCGCAAAACUCCCACAGGCCAUUCCCAUCUCUGUACCUUUAGUGGAGCUUCCAAAAGUGGAACAAGAGCCUGUUUUGAAAGACGAUGCCACAGAGGUCUUCAAGGUUGAGGUAGCAGCAGAAGAGUCAGAUGGAGUGCUGUUAGAACGGGCUCCUGCGGGUUUGGAGGUGGAAUCCAGAGUGGGGGAUGAAGUUGAAGGUCCAGCACUUGUCACUAAAGGAGCACCUGUUCAAAGUAGUCCGCCGGUGGAGCCCUCUACAGUUGAAGCUGAUCUGGCACAGGAGGUUGAAGUUAUUGUUUCUGAAGCAGAACCUACCUCUGAGGUCGCAGCCCCAGAUGAGGCUCCAGUGGAUUUUGCUGCUGUAGCUGAAACACGAGAUGUCUGGGAGGCAGACUUGGAGAAAGUUGUGACCCUGGCAGAAGAACACACUGAGACCAAGGAUCAACUGGAGGUGGCCAUCACUAGGGACAUCACCAUAUCAGAGUCUGUAAGGGAAGCAGAUGAAGAACCAGAGGUAGAAUAUCCUUCUGAAGUAGAACCUGCUGCAGAAAAAACUGAAAAUGAUACUGGAUCAGAGGUGGAGUCUGUCACAGAAACACUGGAGGCUGAAGUAGAGGCUGAGAAGGUCAGUCCUGCAGUGCCAGCUGAGGGUGGAGAGGAAAAACUGAAGGUCCUAGCUGAAGAAGACUCGGCUGCACUGAGUGUCGAGUCUGUUACAUCUGUAGAGGAUGUUUUUGGCCCAUCUGUGGAAAACCCAGCAGUGCUGGAUACUAUCACUGAAGCUCCACUGGAUGAAGCUGACCCUCCUGUUGUUGAAACCACAGAGGGAAUUGCUGACCCGCUGGUCCAUGAAUUUGUUGUCACUGAAUCUGUGUCAGCAGCGAAGGAUGUUGUUUCAGCAUCUGCAGUUGUCCAGCAGGAAACCAAGGGAACAUGGGACAUGCUUGCCACCCAAACAGAACCCAUGGAUGCUGCUCCAGCAGAUCCUGAAACUGCUGUUGCUCCUGCAGGGGAGAAGGCAGCUGCCGACCAGACGUGUCUGGAUGUCUUGUCAGAUGAAGUGAAGUCAGGAGGCUGUGAGGUUCCAUGUCAAUUGCAGUUUCCUGUGGAGGCAGGGCAACUUGAUGCAGUGGAGCUUUCAGUGGAAAUAUCACAGAAUGGAAGCAUUGUACCAGAGGUCUCUAUUGAGGGUUAGAGUCAAGGCAUGCGGUUUAGAAGAUCUUUUUCUAUGUUUUGUCCCUUUCAGAUUCCCGUUGGAGGACUCGUAGCUAUCCAGGGAGUCAACCAGACCUUUUCAUUUUUUAAGGCUUAGGGCAGAACAGGCAGGAAAUCGAAGUGGGCAUCCACACUUUGAAGUGCCUUUUCCUGUCCUGUGCUCUGUUAAAACAUCAAACCAGAUGUGAAAAUGCAGAAAUGGCUGCUCUCACAGCAGCAGCUGAGACUUAUGGAAACAAGCCUUUCUGGCUCUUUUGAACACUUUCCUACACAACAAAACAGCAUAUUUAAUGACUUUGACCAUAGUAGUUCAGGAGAAGGUGCUAAAGACAUGACAAAUCAGCAAGAACAGAAAUAUUUUGCAUCUUCUAUCUUCUCAGAACAUCUGCCUCCACAGUGCAUACACCUGAUGCUUUUUAGUAGACGUGUAGCAUUGAUAAUUGGGUCUGUAGUUUGAACUUAGACACUUGUUUAUUAGACAGAGAUGUCUUAUGUUGUUUUUUUUUUGCUAUUUGUUAUUUGAAAGUCACUGAUUUAGCUCACCACAAACCUCCCGAUAAGCUUGAAAAAAAGAUUUUUGAGAUUAAGUUUUAUUUAAAGGUUUUAACCAGCUAAUAUUUGACCUGUAGUGGAUAACACUCUUGGCAUCUUCAUUUAGCAUUAACCCAAAUAAGGUGGCCUUGGAGGCUGAACCCAACAGCUAGUCCAAGACCAAUGCAAAGUUCAGUUGUCUUAAAACAACCCCAUCUUGACCAUGUCAUAGAGGUUUAUGUAAACAACCUUUUAAUUGUCAUCAUUGAAACUUAAUGUGUCAAACAUGCAGGCUACUGAGAAUGUAAUAUGUAAAGAGUAACUGCCUUACAGAGUAACUUCCUGACAGAAAAGUAAAACUAAAACUGUUAUAGUAUUUAGUUUGUGCCACUUCAUUUUUAGAUGAAUUAUUCUGACCAGAAUGUUUUACGUUUUGCUCUCAGUCAUGUUUCACAUAUGCAGAUCCUUGGUGAAGCACCGCCUCCCACCUCAAUUUCUUGCAUUAAUAAUCAGCAGAGGCUAUGUAAAAAAAACAAAAAAAAAACAGAGAAAUGCGAACUAUGUUGAUGGCUUAAAGGUUCGUAAAAAAUGUUUAGGUAAACCACCAUAACGUUUUUGAGAUGGGGCUGUUUUAAGAAAGAAGUUCACUUUGGUCUUGGCCACUGUUAAAUUAACAGAGUCAUCUACUGCAGGCAAUAUAACAGCAGCCUAUUGCCUUUAACAGCACUUCAGAAAUCCCCUAAAUCCUCUUCCCUUUUCUGUCUCCAGAUGUUCACUGUCUUGACUAAGUGCCAAUGAUACGGUUAGCCUGAUGCUAAAGCUACAUUGUAAAGAGCGAGCAAACAGAAGCCUCGAAAAAGCAAUUUUUCUGUUUUUGUCCCCACUUUAUUUUUUCAUUAUUCAUUUUGUAUACACAGAGUGAUGCAUACACAGUUGUGUUGAAAUUGGUGUGUUACGAGUUAUCAACGGGCUGUCUUGACCUGUGAAAUAAAGGUAUAACUCACUGA